AUGGAUAAUUGUGUACUACAAUGUUAUAGCGAAAGUAUUCAUGAUUUUUGGCGAGACACCGCAAGGGUUAGACAAUUAUCUAUUCGUGUUAGUAGGCAAACAACAAGACGUAACCUAGAGGCCCCCCCUCAUGUUAAGCAGCUAAUGAUGCACCAGCAGCAGCAGCAGCAGCAGCAGCAGCAGCAGCAACAGCAGCAGCAGCAGCAACAGCACCAGAGGGUGCAACACCAGCAGUUGCAACUCCAACAACAUCCACAUUCACAACACUUGCAACAUACGCAACAGCAGCAGAAGCAGCAGCAGCAACUGCAGCAAAGACAACUCGUGCCUUAUGCACAUGCUGAUCAGCAACAAUUCACACUGCAGCAGCAGCAGCAGCAGCAGCAGCAGCAGCAGCAUAACAAAUCGAUGCAGCAGCAACACCAUGGUCGCCAAGGCAUUCAUGAAGAAGACACAGAGCACGGAUACGGUGCAGCUGCAGCAGCAGCAGCAGCAGAGGACCCAAAUCAGCUGCUGCUCGUCCCUUACUCCGAAGGAGAGACACCGCUGCAGUUAGGUAUCAGCAACAGAGACACAGCAGCAGCAGCAAACAAAUAUAUUGAGGGGACAGAUCUGCUGCAGCAGGGGCUCUAUGCUGAUGCAGCAGCAGCAGCAGGAUACCCCACAGAUGCAGCCGCAGCAGCAGCAGCACGACUGCCCUGGGCAUUCGAUGACACUCUCCUGCUACAGGGAACACUGCAGCAGCAGCUGCUGCAGCAGCCGCAGCAACAGCAGCUGCUGCAGCAACAGCAGCAAGGCCUGCUUGGCUUUGACAACCUUAUGCUCCAUCCCGAGGAAUUCUUCCUGCAGCAGCAGCAGCAGCAGGAGCAGUUGCUGCAGCUGCUGCAGCAGGAGGGCGUCAGCCCUGAAAAUGCGAACCUCUUUCUUGAGCAGCAUUUCCUGCUGCAGCAACAGCAGCAACAACAGUCAGAGCAGCAGCAGCAGCAGCAGCUGUUUUUUCCCCUCUUCGGGUGUCCAGACACAGAAGGAGCAGUGGACCCACAAAAGACCCAUUCAACAGCAGCAACGGCAGAAACAGCAGCAGCAGCCGCAGCAGCAGCAGCAGCCGCGGGUGCAAAAGAGCCAACACCUUUAUCAGCAGCAGCAACUGCAGCAGCAGCAGCAGCAGCAGCAGCAGCAGGCAGGACUUGUAUUCCUUUUGAGCCUUCUCUCUCCUUACAGGUGCAACCUCCUCAUGGCGGCAGUCAUGGCAUGCGAAGACACCUCUUAGAAGGGGGCCCCCCACCAGACCUUAUGGGGGCCCCCCCGGGGGCCCCCCACGGGGGCCCCCAAGCUCAGAAGGGGGGGGCCCCCGACGGAGACCCUCAUGAAAAUGACCCUACUACUUUGGUGUCUAAAGGCCGUAUAGAAGAAUUACCCAUUGAAGAAAUAGAGAAGGGCAGCAGCAGCAGCAGCAGCAGCAGGUUAGGGCAGGAGAAGGGGCUGUUGCUGCAGCAGCAGCAGCAGCAACAGCAGAUGCAGCAGAUUCAGCUGCAACAGCUGCAGAUGCCGAAAGCAGCAACACCGGAGAUUCUACGAGCAUUGCAGCAACUGCAGAUGCAGCCAUGGGCAGCAGCAGCAGCAGCAGCAACAGCAGCAACAACAGCAGCAACAACAACUGCAACACCUGAACAACUCAUUCAAAGAGUUGGCCUUUCCCUACAGCAAGCGGAGACUGCAGCAGCACACGGCAAAAGGCGCGACGCACUAAAUCUAAUCGCAUCUCCGUGUCUUGUUGCGAAUUCGCCCAACAUCUGCAGCAGCAGCAGCAGCAGCAGCAGCAGCAGCAGCAGCAACAGCAACAGCAGCAGCAACAACAAGAGCACAGCAGCAGCAGCAGCAGCAGCAGCAGCAGCAGCAGCAGCAACAGCAGCAGCAACAGCAGUAGAGGAGGAGGAGCAGGGGCAGGGGAGGGGGAAUACUCAUAGGGAAGGGAAGAAACAACAGCAAGCAACAGCAGUAGCAGCAAUAGCAGCAGCAACAUUAAGACAAAUAAUAACAACAAACCAGCAGCAGCAGCAGCAGCAGCAGCAACAGCAGCAGCAGCAGCAGCAGCAGCAGCAAUAG